AAAUUCGAAGACAAAACUACGACUUCAUUUUAUCCUGUGUAAUCUCUUUGAUCUUGUUCCGUUUAUGUUUAAAUACAUAGUAGAACAAAAUUUAAUUACAUCCCCUUUGUUAUAUACUUAUUAGUUCUAUUAGAUAUCCCCGGACUAAGUUGGUGAACGUGAUAAACUUCUAAAUAGCUUAUGUGUCGAAAAGUGACUUAUCGUAAAAUUUAUUUAGUGUCGGACUUGGACAAAGAAUUGUGAUUCUAAGUUUCUAAUUUUAGUCGUGUCCCUAGUGGGAUUAUUUGGCAAAAUGAUGACCGAAAAUAGAAUUAGUUCAAGUAAUCACGUUGGAAACAGUAUGACCAGUCAGAAUAAGGGUGAUGUCGAUAAAAGUAUCGAUGACAUCGGUUGGAAAUCAAAAUUAAAAAUACCCCCGAAAGACAGGAGAAUAAAGACUAGUGAUGUAACAGACACAAGAGGUAAUGAGUUUGAAGAGUUUUGCCUAAAACGUGAGCUGCUGAUGGGCAUUUUUGAGAAAGGAUGGGAAAAACCUUCUCCUAUUCAAGAGGCUUCUAUUCCUAUUGCACUCAGUGGUAAAGAUGUCCUCGCAAGAGCUAAAAAUGGAACUGGCAAAACUGGCGCUUAUUGUAUUCCAGUUUUAGAACAGGUGGAUCCCAAAAAAGAUGCUAUUCAAGCUUUAAUUGUGGUACCAACUAGGGAGUUAGCACUCCAGACAUCACAAAUUUGCAUUGAACUGGCAAAGCACACAGAUAUUCGCGUAAUGGUUACUACUGGAGGUACUAAUCUCCGGGAUGACAUUAUGCGUAUUUAUCAAAAUGUUCAAGUUAUUAUUGCUACGCCGGGUCGUAUGAUUGAUCUCAUGGAUAAACAAGUUGCCAAGAUGGACCAGUGCAGGAUGCUGGUUCUUGAUGAGGCAGAUAAACUUCUUUCCCAAGACUUUAAAGGAAUGUUGGAUAUGGUUAUUUCACGAUUGCCCAAAGAACGCCAGAUCUUACUGUUCUCCGCAACCUUCCCACUGAGUGUAAAGCAAUUCAUGGAAAAGCACUUACGAGAACCAUAUGAGAUUAAUCUCAUGGAGGAGUUAACACUGAAGGGAGUUACACAGUACUAUGCAUUUGUACAAGAGAGACAGAAAGUUCAUUGUUUAAAUACACUUUUUUCUAAGUUGCAAAUAAACCAGUCUAUAAUAUUCUGUAAUUCAACUCAGCGUGUAGAGUUACUGGCAAAGAAAAUAACUGAACUAGGAUACUGCUGUUACUACAUUCACGCGCGUAUGGCGCAAGCACAUCGUAAUCGUGUGUUCCACGAUUUCCGGGCGGGACUCUGCCGCAAUCUCGUGUGCUCUGACCUGUUCACUAGAGGUAUCGACGUGCAAGCUGUCAACGUCGUCAUCAACUUUGAUUUCCCACGUAUGGCUGAAACUUAUCUACAUCGCAUCGGUCGUUCAGGACGUUUCGGCCACUUGGGUAUUGCUAUCAACCUAAUCACAUAUGAGGACCGUUUUGCUCUGCAUCGCAUUGAGCAAGAGCUGGGUACUGAGAUCAAGCCGAUCCCGAAGGUGAUCGACCCGGCGCUAUACGUAGCGCGCCCGGACGACGAUGACUCGGCCGACAAGUAACGCCGUGCCGUCGUCGCACCGCUCGCGCACUUGCUCGCUGCGCGUGCCCCAUCUAACUGGACUUGCUGACUGGUGAAAGGAACUACAUAGUUUAAAUCUUUAAAAACAAAAACUUAUUUGUAAAAAAGUGUAAUGAAUUUAUUGUAACAAAAUGUGAGUGUAAAUAGUUUAUCGUGAGUAAGACUUUGACCUGAAAUGGGUUACUUUUUUAAAGUGUAAAUAAACCACACAUCAGGACAUAAACAAAAAGGUAUCUUGUGUACUUUGUCCAUAUUGGAUAUUGUGUGCGAAUUCCUACAUUGUUAAAAUAUAAAAAAUAUUUAUUUGAGCAUCAUCUGUGAGAGUCUACCUAGAUUUGUCCAGCAUCUUAACAUAAAUUGUGGUUGACUUUCUGUUGAUAUCAUGAGUGCCUAUCCACACUAUAUGUAUAUAAGUUUGAGCUAGCGCCAGUUUUAUUUUCUAUCAAAAUAACUUUUAAAAUUCUGUGAGGUGGGUAGGUAACUAGACUAGCUCAAACAACAUCUAUUGUUAAAGAAGAAACAUUUCAGUGUAUAUCAUGUUGUUUCUGGCCGCUUGAAACAAUAUUUGUCAACAAGCCACAUUUAUAAAAGGAAGGUCAUGAUGAUACAAACCCCUUCAGACAAAACUUAACUGAUCUCAAACAAGUAUAAUCAAAAAAUAUUUUUCAGUUUUAUUUUGAUCUGGGUGCAUAUCAUUUUGACCUAGCUUUAAAGAAUUGUUAUCAUGUUACUGAUUAUAUUUUAUUUUUAAGCGGUUCUGUCAUAGAGUUCAGUAAUUUACAGUUUAAAAUUUGGGUCUGGAGAAUUUGACUAAAGAUAAAUAAUUUAAAAUGGCCAUAUUAUCAUCUCAAUCACAAUGGCAAUUAUUAAUACACAGAAAUGUGUUUUUAUCUUUAUCAGGCCUCCUGGCUUAUCUGGUAUUUAAGUCAACAUUGUUUUAUAAAACAUAAUAUUUGCAAGAACUGUGACACAGUGAGGAAUAAAUCAUUCUGUUGUGGCUUGCAGAAAUGGCAUGUUGCUCAUUUUGGGGAACUAUUUUAGAGGGCUUCGUGUAAAGAAACGAUAUUUCCAUCUGCUCUCAGGGGAUAAAAAAAAAAGAUUCGGGAUGUCAAGUGAAGAGUUAUUUGGUUAACAGGCCUUACUGAAAGUAUAGAGUACAACAACCAGAAUUUGUAGAAUCUUUUGUGUUUGUUUAAAUAAACCUGUUGUUACUCAAUGCAGGAAAUCUCUCAUAAUAUAUGUCCUACUGUCAAUUUACAUACAUAAUUUGUUUGGAAACUUGAUUUUAAAUUUACUUCAUUUUGCGAAUGUAAAAUUGAAAUAUCAUAUUUUUUAUUUGUAUUCGGUGUUUCAGAGUUGCACUUCUUAAUGUUUAUUUUAUUAGCCUGUUAAAUUUGACCUAUAAGAAAAGUGUUAGUGCAAAUUACAGGUUGUAAAAUUAAGAAUAGACCAAGUUGAGAAUUGUAAAGAUUGCUUUGCUGAUUGUAUUUAGUAUAAGGAUUGUUUUGAAAAGUGGAAGCUUGAUUCAAUAAUUGGUGAAAAUUGCAUACAAAUGUUGUGAGUCAUGGAAAAUGAUUUUGACAAAAUAUAUCUGUGAUAAAGGUUAUGAUGGUUUCAUGGUACACCCAGCAACACAGCAACUAUAUAUAAUGUUUAUAGUUAAUAAAAUAUACUGAAUAAUUGGAUGUAAUUGAAAAUAUAAGCAUCUGUGUUGCUGAUCGUGCGUAGCUGGGUUAAGAUUCGUGUGUGUACCUUUGAACUAUAAAUUUAAUUAUUUAGUCUUCCGAUAAUCUUGAAGUAUGUGUAAAUGUAAAUGACCAUUUAAUAUUACGAAACUAUGCAGGUUAAUAAAAUAAAGAGCAAUAUCCUGAUUAUUACGUUACUUGUACACAUGUGACAACGUUGAUUCACGACUACUGUUUUUGAAAAUGAAAAGCAACAAGUUAAAAAAGGCUUGUAAAAAAUAGUUGAUUGUCGAAACUCGUGCUCGGUAUUUGAUCUCGUAAUUCAUUUUAAUAUGUAUGAUGUUUUGACACGUGUCUGAAGCCUCUGACAAACCCUUCAUUGUGGGUUAAAAUUUUUUGAAUCGGCGUUGCCGCUGCACCAUCUAUCAGGAAAAUACAAUGAUGAUCAUAAUUGAACAAAAUAUUUGAAACCCGAAAUAGAAAGCAUAUCAGAUAAGAUUUUAUAUAGAUAUUAUAGUUUCAAUAAAUCAUGCUCUUAUACAAAAUACGAGUCGAAAUAGUAUACAUUCUAGAGUGAGACCUAUAUUGGCAGUGGCAUAUUCUGUAAUUUAAUAAUUGUUUAUCUUGUUUUAUCUAUUUCAGAAAUAUAU